AUGCCCCUCCCCGACGAGUCCCGCCCCGGCCGCGCAUCAGAGCUCAUCAGGCGCUUCCAGGCCGCCGUAGAUACAGCGGGAGAGAAACCCCUCACCGUGUCGAGUUCGUUCGCGGCACCUGCUGCGCCCCCUAGACUGCGGGUGUCUGAGCCAACGAAGGAGGAGGAGGAGCAGAAGGGCGCGGGGAGAGGGAAAGGGGUGCUCGAGGCGGGCGAGGACAAGGAGAAACCGCUGUUCUUUCGGAGUGCUGGGUUGAAGGAGAAGCCUGCUGUGCCGGUCGAGCAGCAGGGGCGGAAGAACGCACAGGAGGCUUUUCCAGAUACGAAGGAGGCGCACGCGGUGGAGGAGGCCGCGCGGGAGAUGGAGGAGGACGCUACAAAGGAGGAGGACGAGGAGGUCAAGGAGCCUUCUGCUGAGGCAGACGAACCCGCGCCCGCUCCCGAACCCUCUCAGACGACACAGGCUCCUCCCGCGCCUCCAGCGUCCCCUCCACACCCAGUCGUCACCCAACCCUCCCUCGACGCCCCCCCUCCAGUCCCCGUACCCGGCUCGACCGACCUCCUCUCUUCGCCCGCCUCUCCCGCGCCAGCCGAAGAAGCUGUGGAGCCGACGUCGUUGAAGGCAAGAGAGGGACUGUCGAGGCCUACGAGUCCAGCGGCGGACGAAAAGGCUCUUCGAGUCCCUCCAACGACGGACAACUCUUCCCCUCCUCCACCUCCUGUUCCCGCUCGCUCGGCACGUAAAUCUCCCCCCACCACUUCCCUUGCCUCACCCGCCUCCUCAACUCCCCGACGCACCUCCACAUCUCCCACCACCUCGCGCCUCACCGCUCCAACCGCCUCUUCACUCGCCAAAUCCGUCUCUCGCACAGCCUCGACGUCCUCGCCGGGGCAGUCACCAUCGAGGAGUCGUGCUGGGGCGAGUCCGCGCCUCGGCUCAGGAGCGGCGGGGGUGGUUCGCCAGACCUCGAGCGGAGUAGGCGGAGGGGCGGGAACGUCCUCGAGCGGAGCAGGCGGAGGGGCGGGAACGUCCUCUCCGAUGCGCAAGAGCCUCUCGUCUAGCUCCACCUCCACCUCAGGCGCAGCAAGGGCGACGCAGAGUAGCGGGAUGACUCGCUCCACGUCCUCGACCUCCUCGUCUUCCGCCUCGCCUUCCGCAUCCCCUCGACUCGGCUCGCGGAACGCUACGCCGAUCCGGAUGGCGCACAAAGGACGUGUCGGACUCGCCGGCGCGCAUGCGACUCGUCCUGCUCCUACCUCGGCCAGCAAAGGACUGAAGGAGAGUGGAGACGAGAUACCCGUCUUUCCCGGCGCACACAAAGGGUUCCUAGGUCCCGGCACGUCCAGACCGAUUGGGAAGAUUGGGAUUCCUGUCGUCCGCACCGAGAGCGGGGAGGUCGAGGCGCUGGGAAGGAAGGAGGUGGAGAGCGCUGGGGAGGAGGCGCGGAGGAGGAUGAAGGAGAGCAAGGGGGAGGAGGGGGACUAG